UCCCUGCCGUGUGUCGGCUUUCUCACUGCUCUCACCAGGUUCAUGCAUGUAGUGCUUCACUGGGGGAUGGAGUAAAGGAAGGAAGGAAAGCAUGGAUCCCAUUGAAGAGAAAACAAGCAAAACGGUCGACAUUUAUCGCGACACAUGGGUCCGCUUCCUGGGCUAUGCCAACGAGGUCGGGGAGGCUUUCCGUGCUCUGGUACCAGUGAGUUUUGUCUGGGGCAGCUAUGCCGUGGCCACUGUGUACGUCACUGCUGAUGCUGUGGACAAAGGGAAGAAAGCAGCUGUGGCCCAUGGGGACAACCCAGGGAGGACGACGCGGGUAGCAGCGGCAGUGGUGGACACGUUUGUGUGGCAGGCCCUCGCCUCUGUGAUCAUCCCGGGCUUCACCAUUAACCGCGUGUGUGCUGCGUCACUACACCUGCUGGGCAAAACCACCAAGUGGCCGCUGCCAGUCCGCAAGUGGACCACCACAGCUAUAGGCCUCUCUACGAUCCCCUUCAUCAUUACUCCUAUAGACAGGUCAGUGGAUUACCUGCUUGACUCGAGCCUUCGGAAGAUCUACAAUGAGGGAGAGAAGCACGAAUAAGGACAACUUGUCCCCUCCUGGUACUAGAAACCAGUCGAGUCGAGAUAGACCUGUGCUGCUUAUCCACCACUGUGAAGCACUAAAGACGUGUGAAGAAGAAUUUCAUGGAGCAAGACUCCACAGUUAGUCCAAGAUACAUAUAAUAAAAUAGAUUUUAUUUCAGAAUUAUAACAUGUACAUAUAGAUAAGUUAAAAGUGAAAUCCUGCUUCAUGAAACAGCCCCUUGGGGAUCCUUAACUUUAACCUCUCAGGGCAAUCUGGAUAGCGACAACCAAAAAAUGCUUGAACAGGAAUGUAACAGUAUGAAAUGUGUAUUUAAAUAUUCACAGUGAGAUCCUGCUGCUUAAAGUACUCUUCGUCAGGGACACAGUGUGCUGUUAUAUUCCUGUGAUCCUCCUCACAGAGAAAGCCUCCGAGGUUGCCCUCAUGGUUUAGAGUUGUGAGCUCACCUCAUGUCCAGAUGUCAGAUUAAAUCCACUCUUGCUGUGUUUAUUAGCCAUAUUCAGUGGUGCUGUAAUGACAGUCCAAAAAAAAGCCAGUUUGCCAUAAUAACAUCCCUCUUAUUCAUUACUUAUUUAAAGUUUGUUUUUGACUGUUUUUCUGUCUGUUACUUUGAACAGCUGUUUCAAGUGUCUUCUGAUGCACUUUUUCUUUCUACGUUACUGUUGGGAGCUAAGGUUUACACUGGGAGCAUUUUUUACACCACCGUUACAACCUAUACUAUUCUAAAUGGUAUAUUCUUCUCUUAAAGGGCCGGUGCGUUACAUUUUGGGAGAUCUAUUAGCAGAAAGGGAAUAUAAUAUUCAUAACUUUUUUACGUUACCUCAAAGCCGCCGUAGUUCUCUGACACGCCUGUGAAACUGCGUGAGCUGCAGAGUGUAAAACCGUGGUACCGCCAGCCGCCGUCUGACUUCCAUU